AUGACAUUCUGGAAACCGGGAACUAUUGCACCAGGCAAGUACACAUGUAUAUCUGCUAUACGAAUAAAUGUCGACCGUGAAGCAGAAAGGGAGUCGAAUGAGACUAUAGUCACAUUCGCAGACCGUCAGUCGACAUUGUCCAUUCAACAACAAAGGCAGAUUUUGCCUAUAUACAAAUCAAGAAAUCAAUUGCUGUAUCUGGUUGAAAAGUAUCAAGUCACGAUAGUGGUUGGACAGACGGGAUCUGGAAAAACUACGCAGUUACCCCAAUAUUUACAUGAAGCAGGAUGGACAGCUGGUCAGAGAGUAGUUGCGUGUACCCAGCCACGUCGCGUGGCAGCUACAACAGUUGCUCAACGUGUGGCUAUUGAAAUGAACGUACAACUGGGCCAAGAGGUCGGUUAUAGUAUUCGGUUUGAAGAAUGUUAUGAUGUAAAGAAGACGCGGAUAAAAUACAUGACUGAUGGAAUGCUAUUUAGGGAGACAUUGAUCGAUCCACUGUUGUCACAAUAUAGUGUUAUCAUGAUUGAUGAAGCUCACGAAAGAAGUUUACAUACGGAUAUUUUAUUUGGGCUAUUAAAAAAAAUAAUGAAGAAGCGUCCUGAGCUUAGAGUAAUAAUAUCUUCUGCUACUCUAGAUGCAGAAGCAUUCUAUGACUUUUUUAAUAUCAAUACGACCGAUGAUACUUCAAAAGACAAUGUCUCCAUAAUAUCAAUCGAGGGUAGAAUGUUUCCCGUUGAUAUACACUAUCUCGAAGAACCGUGCUCUGACUAUAUCGAAAAAGCAAUAGAGACAGUGAUGGACAUUCAUUUGAAAGAAGGUACUGGAGACAUUCUUGUCUUUCUGACUGGAAGAGAACAAAUAGACAGCGCCGUUGAGGAGAUUGCCAAUAGAGCCAUGAACUUGCCCCGCUCCGCAAUGAAGCUAGACGCGCUUCCAAUAUAUGCUGGAUUACCGGCAGAACAGCAAUUACUGAUAUUUGAAUCACCAGGAUAUAAUACACGUAAAGUGAUUGUCGCAACCAAUAUCGCUGAAGCAUCUAUUACGAUAGAGGGAAUUUCGUACGUUAUCGACUGUGGAUUUGUCAAAUUGCGUGCAUAUAAUCCAAAGACUGGCAUGGAAAGCCUAGUGGUAGUCCCCGUUUCAAAAUCAUCAGCUCAACAAAGAGCCGGUCGUGCUGGAAGACUUAAACCAGGGAAAGCGUACAGGCUGUAUACUGAAGAUUUAUUCCGACAGCUACCAGAUGCGAGCAUACCAGAAAUGCAGCGAACCAAUUUGGCACAAGUGGUCUUACAACUGAAGGCUCUCGGUGUAGACAACAUUCUUAGGUUCGAUUUCCUAACGGCUCCACCCGCUCAGAUGAUGAUUCGUGCUCUUGAGUUACUUUAUUCUUUAAAAGCAUUGGAUGAUAAUGGCAAAUUAACCGUACCACUUGGAGUACAGCUGGCUGAAUUUCCCGUUGAUCCCAUGCUCGGAAAAAUACUACUGGAUUCACCCCGUUUUGGAUGCUGUACAGAGAUAUUGAUAAUAGCUGCGAUGAUUAGUGUUCAAAACGUGUUUAUUAUGCCAUCUAAUGCUACAGCAAAGGCCGAGAGUGAAAGAAGAAACUUUGCAGUCGAGGAAGGAGACCAUUUGACAUUACUCAAUGUUUACACUGCUUUCACGACGCGCGGUCAGAAAUCAGCCCGCUGGUGUCAUGAUCAUUUUCUGAACUUUCGUGCUUUGUCCAGAGCUUUUUCUAUAAGAUCUCAACUGUUGAAAUUUCUUAAAAGAUUCAAUAUUCCUCUUGAAUCAUGUGGAAAUGAUACGGUGAAGAUAAGAAAAUGUCUUGUUAGCGGAUACUUUGCUAAUGCAGCAAAAAUGAUGCCAGAUGGAAGUUUUAGGACUAUCAGAGAUAACGCUACGUUACAUAUUCAUCCAUCGUCCGUACUGUUUACGAGAAAUGCACCAUAUGUUAUUUUUCACGAAGUUGUCGAGACUACGAAAGCAUUUAUGCGCGAUUUGACAGUGAUUGACCCAGCAUGGCUAUCUGAACUUGCACCGCAUUUUUACGAAUUUAAAAAAUGA